AUCCUUUGAAAGCCCGCCCGUUUUCCCCGUCUUUCUUCUCUCUCGCUCCCAGGCCGGUAGUCACUUCAACGACGACCUCCGCAGCUUCAACUCCUCCAUUGCCAGCCGCUGGUGUUAUCGCCGGUCGAAGGCGCAAAGAGGUCACAUCAUUCAGGCUAGUUCACCCACACCGUCUCCUUUACUGCUGACAGACCUCAGCAAUCACGUCCAUCCCCUAAGCUGGAGGUUCUGUCAGGAAGCUGAAACGGAGAAGGCGGGGACACAUAUGGCUCUCGCAAUUACCACCCUUCGAGCUCCGCCGGCAAGGACUCGUUCGCCUGUCGUGUCCGACUCCGUGCCGACUCGCUCGGUGAGACCCACUUCCCUCUCGUGGGCCUCUGCAUUUCCCGCCAUCAACAUCUCAAUCGCCAGACCCACGAGCCCUCCUCUCAACAAGGAAUCAUUCAUUCGGUCUGCUUGGACCCGAAGAUCCCGCAGUGAGGCCGCAAAGAAGCCCAACAGGAAGUCCUGGAAGCAGAGGACAGACCAGUACAUGAGACCGUUCUUGCUGAAUGUGUUCUUCUCGAAGAGAUUCAUCCAUGCGAAAGUCAUGCACAGGGGAACGAGCAAGGUCAUCUCUGUGGCUACAACGAAUGCCAAGGACCUCAGGACCAGUCUGCCAUCUCUCACGGACAACAACGCUUGCAGAGUUAUUGGGAAGCUCAUCGCCGAGCGGUCGAAGGAGGCUGAUGUUUAUGCAAUAGCCUAUGAACCGAGGAAGGACGAGAGGAUCGAAGGCAAGCUCGGGAUCGUGAUCGAUACCAUCAAGGAGAAUGGUAUCAUUUUCGUCUGAGAUAGUGACGUGUUUGUGAAGCCGGUCAUUAUGCCGAUGAAUAUUGUACCUGUAUAAAUAAUCAUUGUGCCUAUUUUAACCUAUUUUUGGGACGAAUGGAAGUUAUUUUCUUUUUA